GAAGUGGAUGGCUUCAUUAAGAGGCUUUCAAAUCUGGGGUUUGAAGUGCAUUGCUAUGAUGAUCUGAAAGCCGAAGACCUGAUAAUGACCAUUUAUAACGUGUCCACCUCUAGCCACGUAGAUGCUGACUGCUUCUUGUGCGUAUUCCUGACUCAUGGAGAAGGAAAUCACAUCUAUGCCUAUGAUGCCAAAAUUGAUGUUCAGAAGCUGACCACCAUGUUUAAAGGAGACAGAUGUCAGACCUUGGUUGGGAAACCUAAGAUAUUUAUCAUUCAGGCAUGUCGGGGAGACCAGCAUGAUGUACCAGUCAUUCCUUUGGACGUGGUUGAUCAUCACACUGACAAGGAGGGUGUCAAUGAAACAGAAAUAGAUGCUGCGUCUGUUUACACUCUCCCUGCUGGAGCUGACUUCCUCAUGUGCUACUCUGUUGCAGAAGGUUAUUAUUCUCACCGCGAAACAGUGCAUGGUUCCUGGUACAUUCAAGAUUUGUGUGAGAUACUGAGAAAAUACGGCUCCUCCUUAGAGUUUACAGAACUUCUCACCCUAGUAAACAGGAAGGUUUCUCAUCGCAGAGUGGACUUCUGCAAAGACCCCAAUGGCAUUGGGAAAAAGCAGGUGCCUUGUUUUUCCUCCAUGCUGACCAAAAAGCUCUACCUCUUUCCAAAGUCUGAAUAACAUCUUGUUUUAAACGUAAACAUUUUGGAGGUGUGGUCUCCUCCCCACUCUCCACUUUUCUUUUUAAAGUUAAGUUUUUUGUACAAUUAACCUGUAAUCUUGAGAUGGGUCCGGUGCCUUUAUUUUUUCUAAUCAGCUGCCCAGUUUGGGACAGGAUCUCAUUGCUCAGCAGCACAAUUUUCAGUGGGGAACCGUAACAGUUUCACACCAAAAUGGUACCCAUUUUGUUCAACUUCAUUUGUAGAGCUUUGCUGGUCAUAUUUGCUAAUUAGCGUGUUGACAACAUUCUCAGGGAAUAUCAAGGAAUCACCUUCCCAAGAUUAUGAAUAAUCGCCUCUCACUGCAUGAAUCAGUAGCCUGUCCAAAUGAUUAGGUGGUUCUAGAAGCUUGUUCUGGCAUCUGUUUCUUCAGCAGAGUCUGUUUUCUAAUAUUCAUUUAAAGCUUGAGUGCAAAAUAAAAACCAGCAGCCUUUGUCUACUAAUGUUUCAAUUUGAAGGGUACACUUACCUCUUCUCUGGGAUGUUUGUGUAUUUUGUAAGACAUUUUAAAAAAUACGUUUACUUCAAUAUCCAUGGCGUCUCAUAAAUGUGUACUAACCACCAACACGUCAUCCCCCCUCUAGCUUAUACCCAGGCGAUGGUUACCUUUCCAGACUUAAAGCUUGUGCCCACAACCCCCGUACCCAGCAUUCUGCCUGGCAUGUGUCUUCUCCUCCCUGCCCCUCCCCACCAGACUCUUUGGCUGCCCAGUGUUCCACACCCAAGACUGUACCCGGUAUAGGGGAAUUCCAUCUCCAUACCGUUGCCACCCCAGCUAAGACCCUGUGUUUUCAUUUAGGGCAUCAUUUCCACGGUACCCACUCCCUGCUUUAAUGUUGUUUCAUCUGCAAUUUUAGAUUUUUAGAUUAUAAAUCUAUGAUUAUGUAGACAAGGUAUGCCUAUAAAUAAGUUUUAUUCUCAGGUUCUAAAUUGUCAAUAAAUCAUUGACAUUAAA